AUGGCCAUCGACACAGUCCCCCGCGGCGACGUCCGCGCAACCCUCAACUUCUUCGCCGCGCCGUCGGACAAUUCCAUUCCCUAUAACGUCAUCAACCCCGAAGGACCCCCCGAAAGGAACUACGGCGACAGCCCCACCGAGACGCUCCUGCACGACAUCCGCGGCCGCGAGUCAGACUUCAACCUCGACCACGACGCCUUCGCCGUGAUCCGCAACUUGCCGCCCUCUUCCGAGAAAGAGUUCGUCGACGACGAAUCCGUCAAGAAGAACUACUACCCAGAGCUUGAGAAGCUCCUUCUGGAACACGUUCCCGGCAGCAACCGGGUCAUAUUCUUUGACCACACCAUCCGCCGCGCCGACCCGAAAGCCCUCCGGAACCCCGUCACCCGCGUGCACAUUGACCAGACGCCCGUCUCCGUGAUCCAGCGCAUCAAGAAGCACCUGCCCGAGGAGUCGGACAAGCUCCUCGCGGGUCGCUAUCGGAUCAUCAAUGUCUGGCGGCCGCUGAACAAGAACCCCGUCGAGUCGUUUCCGCUGGGUUUCGCCUCGUCCUCGACGCUAGCCGACGAGGACAUUGUCCCCAUCGAGCAUCGGUAUACUACAGGUUACACCGGCCAGACGGCGGGCAUCAAAUUCAACCCGGAGCAGAAGUGGUAUUACCUGAGCGGGAUGACGGGAGACGAGCGGUUGCUGCUCGAGUGCUUCGACAGCGAGGGUCUACGCGACGGCACGGGGGUUGCGGGUGGACGGCUGGCGCAUACUGCGUUCGAAGACCCGAGGACCAGAGCUGAUGCCGAGGGUCGUGAAAGCAUCGAGGUGCGCGCACUGGUCUUUGGCCCAUGA